GUCAAAAUUACGAUAAAAGUGUUGGCAGUUACACACGGGUAUGACAUACAUUGCAAAAGAGAAGGAUCGUUGGUUGUGAGAGUUUGUGUGUGCACUACAUAGUUUAGUCCUCAUCCAAUAGUAUUCGAUACGUUCUAGUGGAGGUGGUGUCAUAUUUAUUACUAUACGCAAAACGACUUUAAAAAGAAUACCAUGACCCAAUCCACAAAAAAGUUGAUACGACAACAGUCAAUAGGUAUUAGGGGGCUUAGAAAAAGAGUAUUUAUCCUAUUCCUCUUUUUAGUAGCAUACUUGAUCUACAUGCAUCGAGAUUCAUUUACUGUAGACGAACUAGACCAUGCCGAAGCGAUGUCAGUCACCCACGUGGACGAUCACAUAAACCACCACACAGAGCGGGACACACAUAUAUCUAGUGAUGAUAAUAGAUUACCGGCCUUACCAGCCGGGAGAUAUGAGGAAGAUAAGGGUCGGCCAGAGACGGGAGUCCGAGUCACGAACGUUGUUUUAUACAAGCCUUUGGACCAGACAAAAGAGUAUCAGCACGCUUUCAUGCAUAAAGAUAGAUUGCCGAGACAGGGUAUGAGAGCGACUCAGAUCAACCCUAAUGAUACGACAAUUGUGCACAACACACGUUUUGGUGGGAAAAUCAUUACAGGAGAGAUGCAGUGCGAUGUACCCUGUCUGUGGGUCAAUUCAGCGGAAAAAGCGCACGCUAGUGUGAUUAACUUGGUUGGGAGUAGUAGUCCAACGACAGCCCUAAAAAAAAAUCUGAAGACUUCACCCCAGGUGUGGAAUAUAGCCUUCUCAAUGGAAGGCGAACACAAAUACGCUACAAUGAGUAACUUGAGUGCUUUCGAUGCCGAGAUGACGUACAGAUGGGCGUCCGAGAUUAAGAAAUCAUACUUUGAAUUCAAAGAAUACGAUAUAUUCAAGCCGGCUGUAGAUUUCGACAGUGCGAUAAAAGAGGUCACGUUUCUUGCGCGCAAUUGCCAGGAAGACCGCACCGCCAUGCUAGACGUUAUCGAGCCGUACAUACAUAUUGCAGCCAUUGGCAGUUGUCGUAGUAAUACCGAAUGGGAUAAGAAUAUCCCUCGAUCGGACAAAAAGGCCAUGCUGCGCAAGUACUUAUUCCACUUCGCCUGGGAGAACGGCGUAGUAGACGACUACGUUACCGAAAAGGUAUAUCACGCGCUUGCCUCGGGCACCCUGCCCGUAUACCACGGCGCAAAAAACAUCGACAGUUAUGUGCCCGAGGGUUCGAUUAUAAAAAUGACAGACUUUGCCAGCCUCGACGAGCUGGGCGAGUACUUAAAUAUCCUGGCUCAUGAUAAGGAGGCGUAUAUGAAGUACCACGAAUGGCGUAGCAAGCCUGUACUGGUUGAGAAGUUAAGGAAACGCUUUGCAUGGUCUUAUGAUACCACUGAGUGUAGGGUGUGUCGCUGGACAUACGCGCAAAGGUAUGGAUUAGACUGGAAUGCUGACACCCAAACGUUUAGCUAAGGUGUAGGUCACAUGCAGACCACAAAACGAAGUACACAGGAAGGUAGGAUCAUUCGCAAAGCUCAAAGAUGGCAGCAAGCGACCAAGAAUUGCAAUGACGUGCGAAUAUAACUUUAUAAAGGUAUUAACG